AUGUACAAAAGAUUUGUUGAACUUGACACAAAUAAAAAUGGACAACUAGAUCCAAAUGAAUUAUUCGACGUUCCUGAAAUAAGCGACGUAAAAUUAAAAAAAAAGCCAUUUUUGAAAUUAAAAAAGGAGCGAUUUUAUUAUUAUUUUCUUUUUAUAAAACCGUUUUACGCUAUUUUGUGUUGCAUGGAGAAUCCACUAGUCAAAAGAGUCAUAUCAAUUUUUGAUUCCAAUUCGGAUGGAAAAGUUUCUUUUGUGGAAUUCUUAGUUGGCAUAACCAAGCUAGCCUCAAGCACGGACGACUUCCAGAAGAAAAAGUUUGCCUUCGAUAUCUACGACAUAAAUAAGGAUGGAAUGAUAUCCAACGGGGAGCUGUUUACCGUUAUGAAGAUGAUGGUGGGGAAUAACUUAAAUGAUAUACAGUUGCAGCAGCUGGUCGACCGAACCAUUCUACAGGCCGAUAAGGAUGGAGAUGGGAUGAUUUCCUUCGAAGAAUUUAAAGAUAUGAUAUCCCACAUGGACGUUGGAAAUAAGUUGAAGCUAGAUCUGUAGGUUGUAAAUAUAGCCGAUUUGUGCACCGCCAAAUGUGUAUACCUAUUUGCGCAUGUUUCUUCCCCCGUCUGUUUAUCUACCCCAUUUAUUUAGCCACGUAUUGACUUAUCUGCCCAUCCGGGUAACCACACUACUGUGCAUACAUGUUUAUGUGUGUAUAAUGUCACCCCUCUUCUCACGUUUUUUUUUUUUUAUUUAACC